AUGUACCUUAUCGGUAAUGCCGAGCUCAUGGCAAGCAAAUCCGAAAUGUGGGCCAAGGUGAUCAACAUUCUCCGAUCUCGCCAACCACCGCAGAUUGGCGAGGGAUUUCCAACCGUAUGCGCACAACAUCCCGAUUAUAGAAACAUUAUCUUCAGACCCGAACAAUUCGAGGAAGUAUCACCUGACGGAGGAU